AUGAGCGACCACGAAAGUGACAACUACGAUAGCGAGCCAGAUAUUUUUGAAAUUAUUGUCAGCGACUCUGAGGACGAUCUGGAUAUGGAGGAUCUUUUCAGUGCACCAGCAACAGGGACUCAGAACACCACUAUGGAUGAGGAGUGCCAAGUCGAGGAAGGGGUUUCGAGAAGACGAACUGUUGAAGGACACCAUGUUAGUGAAGACAAUGAGGACUACUUGCAGAGAACCUAUGGUGUCAAGAGCACGCAGUACUGUUUUCGGCUUGGGAAGAAGCACAUUUACUGUCGAAACUUUAUUAUUGAAGAGCGGUCAAGUGGCAAUGUUGUCAUCAACCCGACCGCGAGGUUUUACAAC